AUGAAUCUCCCUCCCGACAAGGCCCGUCUUCUGAGGCAAUAUGACAAUGAGAAGAAAUGGGAUCUAAUCUGUGACCAGGAAAGGUUUCAAGUGAAAAAUCCACCCCAUACAUAUAUACAGAAAUUGAAGAGCUUCCUCGAUCCAGGUGUUACCCGAAAGAAGUUCCGUCGGAGGGUGCAGGAAUCCACCAAAGUGCUGAGGGAGCUGGAGAUCUCUUUAAGGACCAAUCACAUUGGGUGGGUGCGUGAAUUUCUCAACGAUGAAAACAAAGGCCUAGAUGUGCUGGUGGACUACCUCUCAUUUGCUCAAUGCGCAGUGAUGUUUGAUUUUGAGGGUCUGGAAAAUAGCGAGGAUGGAGCGCUAGAGAAGCUGAAAUCUUGGAGCAGGUCCAUAGAGGAUCUGCAUCACCCCAGCACCCUGUCUGCUCCCUACGCCAACAGCCUUGCUCGCUCUGCGCGCCAGUCCGCUCUCCGAUACACCACCCUUCCCAGCAGAAAAGCUCUGAAGAACUCACGGCUGGUGAGCCAGAAAGACGAUGUGCACGUGUGCAUCUUGUGUUUACGAGCCAUCAUGAACUAUCAGUAUGGAUUCAAUUUGGUCAUGUCACAUCCUCAUGCUGUUAAUGAGAUUGCUCUCAGUUUGAACAAUAAAAACCCCAGGACAAAAGCCCUGGUAUUAGAACUGCUGGCAGCUGUGUGUCUUGUGCGAGGCGGCCAUGAGAUCAUUUUGGCUGCCUUUGAGAAUUUCAAGGAGGUAUGCAAAGAGCAGCAUCGCUUUGAGAAACUGAUGGAAUAUUUCCGUAAUGAAGAUAGCAACAUUGACUUCAUGGUAGCCUGUAUGCAAUUCAUCAACAUUGUGGUCCAUUCAGUAGAGGACAUGAACUUCCGAGUGCACUUACAAUACGAGUUCACCAAGCUGGGUUUGGAAGAAUUCUUACAGAAGUCAAGACACACAGAAAGUGAAAAGCUGCAAGUGCAAAUUCAGGCCUACCUGGACAAUGUGUUUGAUGUAGGUGGGUUGCUAGAAGAUGCAGAGACCAAGAACGUGGCUUUGGAGAAAGUAGAAGAACUGGAAGAGCACUUAUCACAUUUGACAGAAAAGUUGCUGGAUCUGGAGAAUGAGAACAUAAUGCGGGUAGCUGAGUUGGAGAAACAACUGUUACAGCGGGAAAAGGAAUUGGAGAUUGUCAAGGAGACGUACGAAAGUGCCAGCCACCAAGUUCAUACAUUGCGCAGAAUUAUCAAGGAGAAGGAAGAAGCCUUUCGACAUCACUAUACCUCACAUCCAAUGGGGAGUGACCACUUGCCGCUGCCACCACCUCCAGAGGCAGAGAUCAAUUUCUGUGACAUCUCUGAGGAUGAACUUUGCCUGCCUGUCCUGCCUCCUGUGGAGGCUGCCCCUCCUCCACCUCCUCCUCCACCCCCUCUUCCCCCACCCCCUCCUCCACUACCAGAUAAGUGUCCACCAGCUCCACCUCUUCCUGGUACAUCUCCUUCGGUGAUUCUCACAAUGGGCUUAUCAGCAAUCCGGAUUAAGAAGCCCAUCAAGACCAAGUUCCGCUUGCCAGUUUUUAACUGGACAGCAUUGAAGCCCAACCAGAUCAGUGGGACGGUCUUCAGUGAACUAGAUGAUGAAAAGAUCUUGGAGGAUCUUGAUCUGGACAAGUUUGAGGAGCUCUUUAAGACCAAAGCACAGGGCCCUGCCAUCGAUCUCCUUUGCUCUAAAAACAAAGCAUCACACAAAGCGGUCAACAAAGUGACCCUGCUGGAGGCCAACCGGGCGAAGAACCUGGCCAUCACAUUGCGUAAGGCAGGCAGGACCACAGAGGAGAUCUGCAAAGCCAUCUACACGUUUGACUUGAAGACCUUACCAGUGGACUUUGUGGAGUGCCUGAUGCGCUUUCUGCCAACGGAGAACGAGGUCAAGCUGCUGCGCCAGUAUGAGAAGGAGAGGAAGCCAUUGGAGGAAUUGUCCGAUGAGGACCGCUUCAUGCUGCACUUCAGCAAAGUCGAACGUCUGACGCAGCGCAUGGCCAUUAUGGCGUUCCUGGGAAACUUCAGUGAAAACAUCCAGAUGCUCAUGCCGCAACUCAGUGCCAUUAUUGCUGCCUCGGCGUCCGUCAAAUCGUCACAGAAGCUCAAGCGAAUGCUAGAGAUCAUCCUGGCCCUUGGCAACUACAUGAACAGCAGCAAGCGUGGCUCAGUUUAUGGGUUCAAGCUGCAGAGUCUGGACUUGCUGUUGGACACCAAGUCCACCGACCGGAAGUUGACUCUUCUACAUUUCAUUGCCAUGAUGGUGAAGGAGAAAUACCCUGAGCUGAGCACCUUCUGGCAGGAACUGCACUUUGUGGAAAAAGCGGCUGCAGUGUCCCUGGAGAAUGUGCUGCUGGACGUGAAGGAACUGGGGCGUGGAAUGGAGCUGAUUCGGCGGGAGUGCAGUUUGCACGAACACAGCAUCCUGCGUAACUUCUUGAUCGCCAAUGAGGGAAAGUUGGACCGACUCCAGAAAGACGCUAAGACAGCGGAGGAAGCCUACAACACAGUCGUGCGCUAUUUUGGCGAGAGCCCAAAGACGACACCGCCCUCGGUUUUCUUUCCAGUCUUUGCCCGUUUCAUCAGAUCCUACAAGGAUGCAGAGCAAGAGAAUGAACUGCGCAAGAAGCAGGAACAGGCCCAAAGGGAGCAGGCAUUGGCCCAAGAAGCUAAGAGGCUAGAGAAGCGCAACAAAUGGCAGCAGCAAGAGUUAAUUGCUGAGCUGAGGCGGCGUCAAGCCAAGGACCACAGGCCUGUUUAUGAAGGCAAAGAUGGGACCAUUGAGGAUAUUAUUACAGAUUCUUACAUGCCCUGCCUUUCCAACUGGCGAAUGCUGCACUCCGGUGGCCCCGACCUUGUUCUUUUUUGCCAAAGAAGCAACUUCCGUUCUUUCAAAGACUUUCAACUGAAGGAUCCAAGGGACAUUUAAAAAAGUGCCUUCCCGCAACAGUAUUAUUCUUACUCUUUUAUAAUUUAAGAUGUAUUUUUUUAAUCUGUACAUAACAUGUUCCUUCCUACCAGUCCCUUUGCUCCUGCAGCCCAUCAAUAAGUCAACUUGGACAGAUGAGACUGUUCUGGCUUUUGAGAAGGGCCCUGCGCGGCAGGAGCCUGGCAGCCUCCUCUAGCGCCUCAAGCCUCAAGCAUCCAAACCAGAAUUGCACUUUGACCCUUCAACUUGUCUUUAAUGGAUGGAGACAAUGAGCACUAUUAUUGCUAGGCCCUGAUGUGUUGCAGCAGGGAAAAAUCAGUCUCUGGUAGUAGGCCUUUGUAUACAGAUCAGGCCUUGUGGAGAAGCUUUGUUGUUGUUGUUGUUGUUCAGGAGCAGUCUUCUGCAAUUAUGUGGUUUUCUUAGAACAGGCUGUGAGAGCUGACUCUGGGAGUUUGAAAGCUAGGCCUUGGUGGCCUUGCAAAACCACUGGAACUUUUCUUCCAAAGGGGGUGGGGUGGGUGGGGUGUGUGGGGAAAUCAGACCAAAGUCUCAUGUCUCAACUGCACAAAAGUAACUGUGUUGAUACAGCAGGGAACUGAUAGUGGCUAGCCAACCCUUUGGGGAUCUCAAGAAACAUCCUGGGUAGGUUACAGACUAUCUCAUUUUUUUAAAGAAACUCUUGCUAUUUUUCCAAAGGGUGAAAAUCUGCUUCCUAUUUGUAUGUGGCAUGUUCUACUCAAUUGUUUUUUUUUUUAUAUUUGGUGGACCAAACAAAACGUAGCACUGCCUAUUAUGCUUAUUGAAGCUUUCAAAAUAAGUAGAAAUUAAGUUAUGCAUGAAGGUUAUUCUUGAUGAAUUGGGCCAAGUGGUUUUAAUUCAUGAAUGAGAUGGGGACUGUUUUUUAUUCAUUGAAUGAAAGGUAAAUGGCAUCAUUUCCUAUCAUCAUCAAGAAGAGAGAAAAAAUGGGGCAGAAUUCCCUGAACUACAUUGGAGUAAGCCUUUUUAAAAUGGAAUUCCUCAUAGUUUCAGGAGAUCCUGCACUGAAAAACUUAUCUAUAAAUAUUACCUCAUGGCUGGAUUGAUUCAACCUGGUUACUGAAGUAAACAAUCUCUGGGUUAUCAUAAUAUGUUGAACCAGAAACUAUGGGAUAGGAUUAACAUAGCUCACUAAACCACAAACAAACCAUAACUGACAUGAAGGCCAAACUUAACAAUUUAUGCAAAUAUAGCCAUUGAAUCUUGAACUAAGUUGUUUAUGAAUAUUAUGUGAGCCAAGAGAUAGAACUCAUUUAUCUCCCCCAUACCUCCUCCUUUAAGGUUGUCCAGGUUGGAACUAUCUCAAAUUCAACAUGCAUUUGCAAUAAUUGUUGUCCUGAUGUUUGAAACUAGGCUUGUUGUUUCAGCCUGGAUGCUUUGAGACAAUUGCUUUAACUUCUCUUAAGUUGCCCGAUAACUUUUGACCAAAGAUUUUGAGGUAUUAACAGUUUAGGAUAAAGCCACUUGACAAAUGGUUAGGUUCUUCAACUGUUUUAAUUCAGAGAACCAACUUGACUCCUUUUGUGUUUUACAGCACUUUUUGCAGGUAGGAAAUUAAUAGGGCUUCUGUAGAUCAGUCUUCUUCAACUUGGUACCAUCCAGAUGUGUUGAACUACCCUUUUUGAGGGAGUCAGCAUGGCUAAUUUAUUUGGAGUCUAUAAAGUUGGCAAAGGUGAUACAGAGUUUAAUUCACCAAAUAGACCUUUAGAUGAAGUUGCCUCCACUCUAGCAUUAUGAAGCUGUGUCUGCUUCUGAAGCCUUAAUCUAGAGAUCAUUUACUAUUCUUGUCUUAUGGACAUUUAUGAACUAUGAUUUUAACUUCACAGAAGAGUAUUUGCCUAACAGAUUGCACCCGUAUAAUGUUGCCCCCCAUAAGACAUGAGGAUAAUUGGGGUUAUUAAAUAGCUGUGAUGUCUUGGGCAAUUACACAAAAGGUCUCUUGGAUCAGACACACCUGCAGCUAUAUUGAGCAUUUGUUUUGCCAAAAGUAUCCUUUGUAUGAAGUUCCUGUAUUAAACUGUGCCAAAGAAUUACCAUGGUUCCUGCGACCAAUCCAGUGCCUUAUGUGGAAAAUAGAAGUGGGCUCCAUUGGGCCUUAGGUGCAGGCCUUUAUGAAUACAGCCAGCCUCCCCUUGAUCUUGCCUUUCUUUCUUAUGUUGUAACAGCUGCUUAUUCUUCAGAGUCCUCCGUUCCAUGAUUUCUAGGUCUGCUAGGAACAUCAGGCCCACGGGUUCUACUCUUAUUUGGGAAGUAGAGAACUUCUGAACUACCCAGAAAGUUCAGUCCCAUUGAGAUUGCUGAGAAGGGAGGCUUUGUGGUAAAGUGCAGAGAGGUGGAUACAGGUGUAUGGCCUUCAUUCAUCUCCUGCAUGCAACUCUCAGGGCCACAGUGCCUGUACACCCAGAAAAAGGGUGUAAACCUCUGGCAGGUUUAGCAUGCUUGGUAAGAUUUCUCCUUGUGGAUUUGAAUUUUGUUUCUUAAGGCCAGUGGUUUAGGAGAUGGCUUUGAAUUUCAAGAGAAAUCCAUAUCUGUGCCAAGUGCAUGGUUUGUAUCAGUGAAAAUUUCAGGUUCUACUUUUAGAGUGAUCUCAGAUGGCUGGGAGAAGUCACUUUUCCUGUGAUAUUCUUGGAGAGGUGCUGCAAAAACGGAGUUGCUGGAUGAUAAGCCAAUGGCCUGACUUUCUGAUGCUUGUCUGCACAGGGAAAGCCACGUCGGGGAGGCAUAGGACUGUAGCCUUAGCAUGAUAUUCAGACUCCCCCACCCCAGAUUUAGAACAGGGCACAACAAAGGUGAAUGGAUCGCAUAGUGUUAGCACUUUAUGGAAUAGAACUCUUGAUUCUCCUUCCUUCCUUCCUCCCUCCCUCCCUUUUCGGUAUACUUCAUCAUUCCAUUCCUUCUGUGACAGUAUAUGGAAAAGGGGAGAGGGGGGUUGCCUUUUAUUUCUGGUCCCUUAAUAUAAAAUUUUGAGUAAAUUCUUCUAACAUUAAACACAGUAUUCAAAAUUCUAGUAUCGUUUCGGGGGUGGGGAGGGGGGUUAAUAGUAUGGUUAAGAUAAAAUCUCCCACCAGCCAAAUACGAACCAGCCACCUCUGCUUGGGGAUAGGGUGGGGUGGGGCAGAGAGAAGGUUAUGCUACAUUGUCAUUGCUUCUCUCAGUCAAAGAUGUCCUCUGCCUCUUAUACCUGGCAAAUUGUGACUAGCAUAACAUUUCCUUACCUCUUCAUCCACUACAGUGUUUAUGCAUAUGAAAACCACUGGCUUAGGGACACCUCCACUGACUCAGUCACACUUACUUGCUUAAAGAAGGGGGAGUGUAUCUAACCC